AUGGCGGCAGACCAGACAGCACAGGAUACUCUGCGACUCCAGUUCAAGGCCAUGCAGGAGAUGCAGCAAAGAAGGUUACAGAAGCAGAUGGAGAAACGAAAAGAAAAGGAGCUGAACCUCGUAGUAGUGGAAGACCAGAAUAAGCCCCCAGAGAUGUCUGAUGGCUUCAGCGUUCUCCGCGCCAGGGAGCAACAUUCUCUCAGCAGCUUUCAACAGAGGGUGUUUGAAGACGAGAUUCAACAGCUUCGAGAUCAGCUCAGAGAAACAGUGGAUGAGAACGGACGACUAUAUAAACUGCUGAAGGAAAGGGACUUUGAGAUCAAACACCUCAAAAAGAAAAUAGAAGAGGACAGAUUUGCCUUCACAGGGACGGCCGGUGUUGCUGGGGACGUAAUAGCUACCAAAAUCGUGGAGCUGUCCAAAAAGAACAGGAUGCUGAUGGCAGAAUCCGAGAGUGCCAAGAGCAAAGUGAAGCAGCUGAACAAUCGCAUCCAGGAGCUGGAGCGGGAACUGCAGAUGGUUCCAGCCAGGUUGCCAGCCAAGGGUACCUCCACGACAGGGGGCAAAUUGCCGAAGGGAUCCACAGGAGAGAGGAUCUUGCCAGAGGCUCCUGUGAUCAAGGUCCUGCAGGACAGGCUAGCUGCAGCAAACCUGAAGAUGAGUGAGCUCCGUAACCAGCUGCAGUCAGUGAAGCAGGAACUCCGCAUGGCACAGAAGGUUUUGGUCAACGAGGUUGGGGAGGAUGUGAAUGUCCAGCAGCUUCUGUCCUCGCCAGGCACCUGGAGGGGCCGGGCACAGCAGAUCCUGGUUCUGCAGAGCAAGGUCCGUGAGCUUGAGAAGCAGCUGGGACAGACCCGGAGCCGGUCUACAGGGACAGACAGUGACCUGCUGUUGCUUUAUUCGGACCACCGGAAGUUGUCGGUACAGGAGAAGAACCUGUUGCGAAUCCGCACACUGGAGAAGGAGAAGCAGGAAGGUUGGGAGAAACUUGUAGGUGAGCGAGACGCCCUCCAGAAGGAGCUGGAAGAGACGAGGAGGAAGCUGGAGGGCGUGAAGUCCCGAAACAAGGUGCUGGCUGGGGAGGUGAAGACGCUCAAGAGUCAGAUGGGGACAUUAGUGGAGAAGGGCAAGCACGACGAUGAACUCAUCGACGCCCUCAUGGACCAGCUGAAACAGCUGCAGGAGAUCCUGGGUAGCCUGAGCCUGCAGGAGGAAAAGUCACGUUUGUCCCAGCAGCGCCUCGACCAGCAGCUCAACAGUGAGGCUCAGCGGAGCAGCAGCCUGGUAGCCCAGCUGCAGGCCAUGGUGGCCGAGCGGGAGGCCAAGGUGCGCCAGCUAGAGAUGGAGAUCGGGCAGCUCAGCAUGCAGUAUCUUCCAAAUAGAGGAACAGGUGAGGGGCCUGGUGAGCCUGUAGCCAAUCUCGCCUACUCCAAGGGCCUGGAAGAACCCAGUCUGAACAAGCCCCCAGUCUCAGCAGGUGACCACGCCAGCCGACUUGGAUCUUCUCGCUCCGUGACCAGCCUGGGCCACAUGCUGGUGGAAUCUUCUCUCACAUGGCCUUCCCUGCCCAGUCCUCACAGGGCCUCGUCCAGGUUCUCCGACUCCCCUGAACAAAAAGGCUGGCAGGCACAGGUGACAGAGUUCAAGGCCCUCUGGCAGGCCACCGAGGUGGAGCGCGACCGGCUCACUGAGUUUGUCACUGUCCUGCAGAAACGGGUGGAGGAGAGCAACAACAAACUGCUGGAGUCAGAGCGAAAGCUGCAGGAGGAGCGGCAGCGUGCAGUGGUGCUGGAACAGCACCUAGAGAAGUUGCGCCUGGAGCCUGGGAGGACAUCAGGGCCACAGAGAACCGCUCCCAGGAAUAAGACAGGUCAGCCAGCCACUAGCAGCAAGCACAACCCGAAUGGGAGCGAGAGGAAGGAGCCCUCCCUGGCCCAGCUGUCUGCUGUGCCAAUGGAGUCUCAGCUGGAGGAGCUGGCCACCAGGCUGGCUAUCCAAGUAGAGGAGAAUGAAAUGCUGAGGACAACCUUGGGCAACACCCUGCAGGGGAAGGAGGAGGACAUCCGGAUGUACCAUGAGACCCUGGGCCAAGUGAAAGGGGUCUUCUUGCAAGCCCUGCGGCAGCAGAAGGUGGACAAGCGCUAGGCUGGCAAGUCUGGAAUAGGCCUGAGAGUCUGCAGCUCCAAGGACAUCGUGUGCACCAGAAGCCAACCAGCCCAGGGUCUCCAGCUCAGUGUCGUUUCUGAGAAAAGGCUCCUCAAGUGAGCUGACAUCUCAGGCUAAGGCCAAUCCAGGAUGGAGCCCUGGAGGAAACUCCCAAUGGAGACUUGGCCUGUCAGGCAGGGCAUCCACCAGCAUGGACUGAAAGGGCCCUCAACAGCUCACUGCCCUACCCUCGGGCCUGGCGGGGGUUGCGUGCCACACAUGGCUCUACUCUCACAAGGGAGCCAUCGGUGCUAGGGCUAGGAGUACUCUUGGGUUUCCAGCCCCCACUACCAUUCUCUCUGUGCUCAGACCCACCCUCAGGGCCAGACUUAGGGCCUCUUUGCUCCCAGCCCCCUGUCAGCCCCUUUCCUCAGAGACUGACCCUUCCACCUGUAAUAAUAAUGAUCAUUCUCAUGAUUACCAAA